CAGCGAAAACGAACAAAACUUAUAUGUGAAUUUGUUGAACUAGUGCAGCCAGUUCAGCUAUAAGGAACAGACCAUUUGUUGCAUGUAAUUUCAGUGCAAUUAAAACCUACAAUUAGUGUAGGAGGCUUGCAAUUUAGCGGCCCGUAAUCACAAAUGAGUGAAGUGACUGCAGUUAAAAAUAACAAACUUUAAUGUAUACGAAGGACUAAAUAGGUUAAAAGUUUAGAAGUACUUGUUAUUUUUACUGAGAUACAGAGAUCAACAAUAAGCACAUAAUUCGAUAAAGUUAACAAACACAACAAUAUGUUAACUCCUCGAUUUAAAUUGACUCAAACGGAUACAGAAGUUGUGAUAGUUAUACAUGCUCUGUAUACGAAUGUAAAAGACACAGAGAUAUAUGUUGAUGGAACGGACUUCAGAUUUUACUCCACACCAUAUUUUUUGAGAUUGAAGUUACCAGGUGAAAUCGAAGAAAAUGAUUCGUCCUCAGGUUCUUAUGAUUGUGAUACAGGUAUUUUUACUUUAAAAUUAUCAAAGGUAAACAAAGGAGAGUACUUUGAGAAUUUAGAUAUGGUAACUACACUUUUGGAACCACCAAAAAAACACAGCAAAAGUUUUCCUUCCAUUGAAGUAAUUGGUAAUCCAUCUACAAGUUCGGCAGGUAUAGAUGGAAAUUUACAAGAUAUUGCAGAUAUCGAUAUGUCAAGCGGUGCUGACUUAGGAAAUGACUGGUUUAUUUCUCAGAAACAACCUCUGGAAAAUAUAACACUUCUUGCAAACUCUCCUAAGUAUGGCUUUGCAAAUAAAAUAUCUGGAGCUUUAAUUGCAUUUGAACCAGUAUGGAUCAAAGAUAUAAUAGAUCUUCCUGCUCCUGAUACAACUCCCGAAGUAGAGAGAAAAACUUUGCGGCAAUUACGCGAAAAUAAAGAUUUUAAUGAAGAACAUUACUUAGCAGAUUUUUUUGAGCCGGAAUGUGAUAAACAUAUAGCAUAUGUGGCAGAAUGGGAUAAACUGCAGGAAGAUCAAAUUGCAUUUAACGAAGUGGAAGUUGACUUGUUGAAAGAACUGCCAAAUAAGGAAUAUUUAUUAGAAGUUGAAGAUAUCCAGAAGCUAUGUUUAAAUCUUGUUGAUAUCUUAUAUGCCAGUUGUUACAAUCAUAGAACAACUUUAGGAGAAAAUACAGUGGAAAGUGGCUGGACAAUUAACAAGCUCAGUUCUACAUUGUGUUGGUUUCAGGACUUCACUUCGAUAGAUGAAGUUAUAACAGCGUGUUUCCGAAGGUCGUUUUGUUAUCCUCUUCAUAGAAAUUGGAAUCUAUCUGUGAAAGUUCUUGAGGAUGUCCAAAAAGUUGUCAAAUUAGGAAAGAAAUACAUUAUCAAACGCUUCUGUGAAAUACAUAAUAUUUUCAAUACGUCAUAUGAACCACGGUACAUAUUAAAUCAACUAUAUAUAAAGGAUUUUUUAAUAUGGUUGCAACAGUGUUCUGAGUCUUUAAUAGAGUCACUUCAAACUACUCUAAACAACGUUAGUCCUGACAAAACAAAUAUAGGAUUCGACCUAGUGGGACUGGAAUCAAUAGGUUACGAUAUUCAUGGUAAACUUGUUAUAGCAAAUAUGAUUCAUCAGACAACUGAUGAAUUGGAUGGAUUGGUUCUUGAAGAUACUGAAGAAGAGAAGUCAAAGAAUAUGUACCAUGCUAAGCAAAGACAGCUUAUUAAACAUUUAUGCAGGUUAUCAUCGAGCAGUUCAAGUUCAACGGACAGUACUGAUACAGAUUACGAAACGGAUUCUGGAAACAACUUAACGAGAAUUACAACGUCAAGUAGCGGUUCUACCAGCAGUGCCAGCGAUCUUGACUCCGAUGACUUCAGCAAUCCCGAAAGUAACGAUUCAAGUGAUUCUGAAAGUGGUAACGUGAAUGAAUCUCAAUUGUAAAUAACUGUCUGUUUCAUUUAUAUUUCGAGUAUUCUGAAAAAUGUAUGUCGACUUUUCCCCAAAUAUGUAACUUCUUAGUCUGUAAUCAAUCGUUUCUUAUCAUACAUUUGAAUUUUAUUUCAUAUUCGGUACAUAUCUCUGAUAUUUCAUGUCUUUCUGUGUAAUAAUCAUUUGCUUAUACAACUUUUGUAUAAAGAUAUUUCAGAAGAAAUUCAUAUACAGGAAUUGGUAUGAUUGCUCUGAUAUUUGUUAUCAGAGUUACUAUGGUUUUCGACAUUGAUUGAAAAUCAUUCACAGUCAAAAAUACCGAUCGAAGUGUUAAUCACGUGUACGUCAGUCUGCGUACUGUGAGCUAAUUAAAAAAUAUGUGAAAAUUAAAUAUGAAAUAUCCCGUUGAAUUUACAUUUGAAAUUUGCAUUUUGUCCAAAAGUUUAAUACAUAUGUACGAUGUGUAUAUAUGUAUGAAAACUGUAAAAAAUAAAAAAAUACUAAUUUUAUAUCCACCUUUUCAUUAAUACAUAUAAAACCGUUCUCGUGUGUGGUGGCUUAUAUAUGUGCGGUAUUUAAAUUCCUAUAAGCGCGUAAUAUUAUUUAAUAUUA